AUGGUGGCAGAAGACUGGUUGAAGUCAGUAGAAGUCAUCUUUGAUCACAUGGAGUUGAAAAACCAGCAGAGGGUUUCAUGUGCAGCUCACCUACUCAAGUUGGACGCAAGAAUAUGGUGGGGUGUGGUAAAGCAGACUCAUGACUUGAAUACAAUGACCUGGGCAGACUUUAUUCAGGCAUUUGGCAAGAAGUACUAUAGUGCGGCUGUAUUGGCAACAAAGGUGGACGAGUUUGUGACUUUGGUUCAAAGGAACCUUUCUAUUACCAACUAUGCACAGAAGUUUGACAGGUUGGUUAGGUUUGCACCUGAGAUUGUACCAACUAAAGCCAUACGGGUCCAAAGGUUUAUGAGGGGACUUAAGCCAAUGAGUGUUAGAGAUGUCAAUACAACCAUUGCUGAGGUGGUUAGUUAUGCUGAGGUGUUGGAUAAGGCACUUGAAGCGGAAUACUUGGAGGACCGUAUGUGGAAGGACAGUGCUGCAAGAAGGGAGGUCAACAGAAAUAAGGGCUUCCAUGAGGGCAAUAAGAGGAAGGCCCAUAAAGGGCAGAGCAAUGGCAAUGACAAGAGGCCUAGACCCCCUGUCACAAAUAGCAAUAAUCACAACAAUCAUAAUCACCACAACAACCAUAACAGUCACAACAAUGAUCGUAACUGCAAAAAUCACCAGAACAACAAAGUUGAGCACCCCGGCUGCCCUAAAUGCUCACGAUGA